AACUUACCUGUUCACCAGACUUACCUGUUCACCUAACUUACCUGUACAUCAUGGGCUCCAGAGCGUCCACGUUACUCCGAGAAGAGGAGAUUGAAGAAAUAAAGAAGGAGACUGGCUUCUCUCACAGUCAGAUCACCCGUCUGUACAGCCGCUUCACCAGCCUGGAUAAAGGGGAAAACGGCACCCUCAGUCGAGAAGAUUUCCAGAGGAUCCCGGAGUUGGCCAUCAAUCCGCUGGGAGACAGAAUAAUCAAUGCCUUCUUCCCUGAGGGAGAGGACCAGGUGAACUUCAGGGGCUUCAUGCGGACCCUGGCUCACUUCAGACCCAUCGAGGACAACGAGAAGAACAAGAACGCCGUCGUCAGCGAGCCGCUCAACAGCAGGACGAACAAGCUGCUCUUUGCUUUCCGCCUGUAUGACCUGGACAGAGAUGAUAAAAUCUCUCGGGAUGAGCUGCUGCAGGUCUUGCGGAUGAUGGUUGGUGUAAACAUUUCAGACGAACAGCUGGGCAGCAUCGCUGAUCGGACCAUUCAGGAGGCCGACACCAACGGAGACAACUCCAUCUCCUUCAACGAAUUCAUCAAGGUCUUAGAGAAGGUGGACGUGGAACAGAAAAUGAGCAUCCGCUUCCUGCACUAGAUGUGAUUUUUUUUUUUUAAGUUUGCUUCAACAUGUCCGUCGGCGUCAGGACACGACCUCAUCCAGCUCCUCCCACAGGCUGCUGUGACCCCACACUACGAGAUCACGCUGCCAGACCAAGCACCCUCUGGUAGACACCGUCAUAAGUUCUGCCUCUGCAAGGCUCCGUAAACAAAGGGAAACGUUGCGUGCCUUGGGUUCUUUUUAUGCAAUGUCACUAUGUGUUUGUUUCCCCAGUAAUGGAACAUUAUUUAUUAGAUCGUUAGAGGAGUUAGCUUCACUGCUGUUCCACUUUUUCUCAUGAAACAUGAUUUUAAAGAGCGCUACGAUAACACUUUGCCAUUGCAGUGAGUAAGUUUAUUCUAACACUGUUUUCACACAUACACUCCUGAAAGCUUCUAAAAAAAUGUGCAGACUGCCCCUAAAGUCUUCCUGAGAACAGGUUUUUGUUUUUAUAUAAAUAAACGCUAGGUGUAGUUUAAAACAUUCACAAUAUCGACUGAAGAGCGGAGGAAAACUUCAACAGAAAACAUAAUGCAGCAGUUUGAAAACACCGGCUGCGUGCAAACCGUCACCCCCCUCCUGCACGCUCCUGCUGCAUUCUGACAUCAUGCAGAAAAUGUAGGACGGGCCUGGCAGGAAAAAUUCUGUGUUUAUUGUUAAUAAUCAGCUGUUUGUGUUCUCACAUGCAGCUCCAGCUGAAACAUUUUAGCAAGUUUUCAGGAGUUUUGUGCAUGUGUGAAAGCACCUUAAGUUUACUCAUUCUGUACCACGUGUCUGUCUGUGUCUGUUGGAAUAUACAACAGUUCAAAGUGUUUCUAACCCUAACAGGAUCGGCUGACUCGAGUCAGUCUGUCCUUUUAAAGCGAAUCAGGACGCGAUCCACACGUUUGUGUUUUCUCACUGAAGUGCCACAACUUUGGUUCCUUUUUCUAAGUUAUUAUCCCAACAGUGAACCUCUGGUCAUGUCUGUGUUUUUCUUUUUCAUAUGGGGUAACCUAGCUACUGCCAAUGGAUCGUAAUGACCUGUGUCACAUGUCGGACUUUAACCAAAGCGAGCAACAGCCCACCUUUCAGACGCAGUAACCACCCGGGUCCUGUUAGAUCCUGUGUGUGUCUGAUGGGAUAUUUAUAGAACUAAUCAUUCAAGAAGCUGCUCUCACUUUGGGUAGUACUCGUCUUCCUCCGCUCGUCUUUCAAAAUGUGUUUGAGUUAGUUUUAGUCUUCAGAGAGUAAAAGCUAACAAUGCCAGGUGGUGUGAGGGGGGCGGGCUGUGGACCAGUUUGUAGACUGAAACCAGGUAGACUCAUCAUGAACUCUCUGCUUGUAUUUAUAUGAUCAGCCCCCCCCCCCCCCCCCCUGUUUGUUGAUUUUCACACCGCUCAGCAUUUAAAUAUAUGAAUCUUUAUCUCUUACUAAAAAGUCCCAGAAAGAGAACCUAAUGAAUUAAUGAUUUAUUUCCUGUGCAGUGCGAUGGGUCGGACACUCGACCAUCUUUAGUGUGAGUUUGUGAAAUCAUUACGAGAAUGCCCUCCAGCAGCCGAGUGCAGGAAACACAACGUGAAUAUUUUAUUAAUCAUUAUGUGACGAUCAAUCCGUUUCUGAUUCACAUGUUCUGUGAUGUCGGUCCGGUAUUUAUCAGUGAUUCAUGAUUUUGAUUUGAAUAAAUACAAGUGCCAUGCUU